AUCUAUUGUUGUUCCCUCGUGAUCAUUCAUUCCCCCCCCAGAGUUUCACUGUGUAUUGAAUUGGUGUGGGAACUGCUUCCCUUUCCUCCCUCUUUCUAAACUAUUAUUUUCUCCACCUAGUCUCUGGUUCUUGCCGUUGCCGCUUCUGCUUCUCUCCUUCCCUGUGAUCGCCACAUUCCGCUCCCCAUCAUGGAUCAUUCCAGCGAACCCAACAACGCGGCCCUUUACGAUGCCCGGAGACGCAGGGGCUCCGUCGGAACUUCUCAGCUCUUCGAAAACAUUGUGUCCGCCUCCAACUUCGAUCGCGAUGAAGUGGACCGUCUCCGCAAGCGCUUCAUGAAGCUUGAUAAGGACAGCUCCGGCACCAUCGACCGCGAUGAAUUCCUCUCCCUUCCUCAAGUCUCCUCUAACCCGCUCGCCACGAGAAUGAUCGCCAUCUUCGAUGAAGACGGCGGCGGCGACGUCGACUUCCAAGAAUUCGUCUCCGGGUUAUCAGCCUUCAGCUCCAAGGGCAACAAAGAAGAGAAGCUGCGCUUCGCAUUCAAAGUAUACGAUAUCGAUCGCGACGGGUACAUCUCCAAUGGCGAAUUGUUCAUCGUGCUGAAGAUGAUGGUCGGAAACAAUCUUAAGGAUGUGCAGCUGCAGCAGAUUGUUGAUAAGACGAUCAUGGAGGCUGAUAAGGAUGGUGAUGGUAAGAUUAGCUUCGAGGAGUUUACGGAUAUGGUUGAGAAUACGGAUGUUAGUUUGAGUAUGACGUUGAACCAGAUCUGAGGGGGGUUUGGAGGUGUGGAUGAGGGUAUCUACUUGCUGGGUAUGGCAGAUAGGUUGGUUGGAAGGAUAGGGGUAUGAGG